GCUGCGGCAGGGAAUAAAUACUGAUUCACGAUGUCUUUGUAAUCUUUGGUAUCUUGAUGACUGGCUAGCCUUUCAUAAAAUUAAUUUACAAUUUCUUUGCACAUAGUGCAGGUGCAGUGGUCGAUUUUGAAGAACAAAACAAAUCAUGAAAUUGUUUUAAAUAUUAAGAUAAGAAAUUAAAUUUCAUCGAAGUUAUAAAGUGAUAAGUUCCAUUUUUUUCAACAUUUUUUAAGUUAAGAAAUUCACGUGAUCAAGUAAAUCAGUUUAUCGAUACAACCUUAUUUAGUAAUAAAAUUUGGAAUAGUCAGAAAUACAAUCUAUUACCAUAGUAUCUUCUAGUUUCUUCUUUUUCUAAUACAGCAUAUAGAAAAGCAGUGCUUUCGUUCGCAGAUAUUGUUAUCUGAAUUUCAAUGAAACAUCUGAUCUGCUAUCAAUUACUGACGGCGCUUCAAAUUAAUAUCAAUAUCUCUUAAUCUCUGGUAUUAUAAAACAGCAAACCGACAAGAGAGAACUCACAUAAACAAAAUUAUUCUUAUAAAUGUGAACACCGUCGCGUAUCUCUCUAAACUGUUUAUGUAUUUCUUUUCGAUAACAAAAAUUUCAUGGAAAAUCACGAACUGACGGAAUUAAGAAAUGUGACAUUUUUGGAUAGACUUUUGCAGUAACGUAUCGAAGUUACCACAGCUGUUCUCUGUUAAUUCAAAAGAGUUAACGUUAAACAAUUUUUUAUACAAACUAUACUGCCCUUAACACUUUCACAGUAAAAGAGUUCGACACAAAACGUAUAUUCUUGACUGCAAAUUUGCAGGGAUAGCAGUCGAUAAUUAUUGUUCGGAAAUUGCCUAAAGAGUAAUUACUUCCACUUAUCUUGCUACUCUCCUUUUGAUCAUACACACACAAAUAAGAAAAAAUGAAAUAAUCCUGUAUUAUAAAGAAAGAAAGAAAAAUAUAACAAAAUAUGGAAGAAAAGGUACAUCCUUAAAGAAAACAUAUUCCUUUCACCAUUUACCUAUUUACGAUAGAUAUUCCUUCCCUCCAAGAAAUUUUCUCGUAUCGUCAGUAGAUUACCGCGAUUUUUGAGGUUCCAGUACUACCUGACUCACUCAGUAUAUAUACCAGCACGAGGAUCAUGUUAGGACAGGUAGUUGAUCAGCGGCUUCGCUGCUGGACGGUAUAGUAUGGCGGUCGCCGAUCGAAAGCCGCGGAUUGCCAUCGCAGGGGGUGGUUUGGUUGGAGCUUUGGCUGCCUGUUUCUUCGCGAAGAGGGGUCAUCGGGUAUCCGUCUACGAAUAUCGUCCAGACGUCAGGCAGGAGGAUACAUGGGGUCAGAGCAUCGACCUGGCUCUCUCGGUCAGAGGUCGCGAAGCUUUAAGGGCAGUCGGCCUUGAAGAUACCUUGAUCGACCAUCAUGGCAUCCCAAUGCGUGGAAGAAUGAUUCACGACAAGGAUGGCAAUCUGAAAGAGAUCAUCUACGAUGGAAAAGGGAACUGUAUUUACUCGGUCAGCAGACGAUACCUGAACAUAGUUCUAUUGAAUGCCGCAGAGAAGUACCCGGAAGUGACCCUCCAUUUCAAUAAAAAGGUCAUAGACGCGAACCUGGAAACGGCGAAAUUUAAAAUACAAGAUACCAUCACUAAUGAAACGCAAGAAUUACAAGCUGAUUUGUUGAUCGGUGCUGAUGGUGCUUAUUCGAGGAUCAGGAAAAUAAUGACUAGGAGGCCACGGUUUGAUUACAGUCAGACGUAUAUCGAGCAUGGAUACGUAGAAUUACACGUUCCUCCUGGAAAGAACAACCAGUUCGUGAUGAGCAACAAUCAUCUUCACAUCUGGCCCCGAGGAGAGUUCAUGAUGAUAGCUCUGCCGAACGACGAUCGCACCUUCACUGCUAAUUUAUUUGCACCCUUCGACACUUUGGAUAAACUGACGACACCACAGGCGCUUCUAGACUUCUGCGAGGAGCAAUUUCCGGAUUUGAUUAAACUGAUAAGUAAAGAGAAACUGGUGAAGGAUUACUUCGAGAGAGAACCUAAAGCUCUGAUAUCAGUUAAGUGCAAACCUUAUCAUGUUGGAAAAACCACCCUCAUUAUCGGAGAUGCUGCUCAUGCUAUGGUGCCUUUUUACGCUCAGGGAAUGAACACAGGAUUCGAAGAUGUUCUCUUGCUCGAUGGAUUAAUGGAGCAUUACAAUUCCGACUUUAGCAAGGUUCUUCCGAAAUUCACUGAAUUACGAUGCGAUGAUGCCCAUGCAAUAUGUGACCUUGCCAUGUACAAUUACAUUGAGAUGAGAGAUUUAGUAAGAACGAAAUCGUUCCUUUUCCGCAAACACCUGGACAUGUUUCUUUACAAACACAUACCGGAUGUUUGGACACCCAUGUACAGUACUGUACAUUUCACACGAAUGCGAUUCCGCGAUUGCAUUAAGAACAGGGAAUGGCAGGACAGGAUAUUACGCAGGAUUGGUUGGUGCUUGGGUAUUCUAACCCUCGCGGUAGUAUUAGCCCCAUUCAUUCAGUUACGCACGGGAGAUAGUGUUCUAUAUUAAACAACGGAUGUGCAACGUGCACGAUCACAGGGAUAUGUAAGUGUGUGCGUAUUGAUUUUUAUAAUAAAGUACAGUAUAAAAUUAA